AAGAAGACCAGCCGCGGCAGGCAGCGAGCCAAAGAAGAAGAAACUAUACACCGUCACAUAACCGUAACAUGACCAAGGUUAUUCCGGAGAAAACUGGACACAACUAUGAACGACCGCUAACAGAAAAGGGUGUCAUCUUAUUUCGUCCGUGAUGAGCGCCCCGGGUUUCUUGUCCUUUGCUGCCCGACGCCUCAUCUUGCCGUGUCCCACUGCCCGUCUGUUCUGCUGCCAGGUGAUGGCUCCCAGGUCCAUCACAGGAGGAAAUAUGUCGUCCAAAAGAAAAAUGGACCAUCUUGAGAGGACAGCAAGCAACUCCAGACAAAAUGCCGUGUAUCCAGCUGAAGUAUGUGGAAUCAUUAAUGAGUCAGAGACGGUAAAACGUUUGAGAAUAGCCGUUCAUCCAGACUUCAGCUUCAAAGCAGGACAGUGGGUGGAUUUCUUCAUCCCCGGCGUGGAGAAGGUGGGAGGUUUCUCCAUGUGCUCCAGCCCGGGUUUGCUGCAGCGGGAGGGGGUCAUUGAUCUGGCUGUGAAAUACACUCAACACCCACCAGCACACUGGGUCCACACUAUGUGCACAGUGGGCUCUAAGGUGGACAUGCGCGUCGGUGGGGACUUCUUCUUUGACCCGUCACCCUCUGACCCCGCCGUGGAUUUGCUGCUGGUGGCCGGUGGCGUAGGGAUCAACCCUCUCUACUCUAUUCUGUUGCACACUGCAGACCUGCUGCGCCUUAACCACGCGUCGGGCGGCCGUGAUUACAACAUCGGCUCCGCUCACUUGUUCUUCAGCGCCAAGAACGCACACGAGCUGCUCUUCAAGGACUCCAUCACUGAGGUGUGUCGGGAAUUCCCUGACAAGUUCUCAUGUAACUUCCACAUCACACAACGGAGCACAGAUGUUGACCCACACCCCCAGUCAUCUAUGAACCAUGGCAGAAUCACAGAGGCGGAGCUACGGGCUCGUGUACACCCUCAGAGGACUUUAUGUUACCUGUGCGGGCCACCACCCAUGAUCGAAGCCAUUUCAAAAACCCUCAUGGACCUGGGUCUCCCUAAAGACAGGAUCGUCUUUGAGCAGUGGUGGUAGAAGAACCGCCGACAGAGCCAGCAUAAACUCGCGGUUUGUCCUCUGGGGCUCCUGAGGGGGAGGAGAUAUCGGGUGUGUCAAGAGUGGAAAGCAACGCAAAUAUUCCAGUGAUGUGGAAUUUGAUAAGUGAUGGAGCAGCUGAGGAAGUUCAUCCUCUAAUCACUGCUGCUGGGACAGACUCCUGGGACCACCCACUCUUCAGCUAUCAGCUGACUCAUAAUGACAAUAGAGAGGGAUAUUAUUUAUUGUGAUUUUAACAGGGGAAACUUAUUGACUUGAAGCAUUGACAUUCUCCAGCUCAAUGCCUUGCUGAAUAAUGCAACAAAUGUGCAAUUGCAAUGUCCACAUCUUUCUGUAUGUGCACAUGUUGAUGCACAUGGCUUCAUAUUAGGGCUGAACGAGUUUGAAUAAAUGUCUGAUUGCGAUCGCCUGGACUGAAAUUGAGACUGCAAUAUCAUAGUUAGUCUCAUUUUCAUUUCAGUAACCCAUUUUAAAUGAUUACUGUGUGAUGUGUGUACAGAUCUGUGUGAAACAGAUGUUUUCUGUAUAGAUCAGGACAAUAUUUGAUCUAAAAAUGGUCAUGAUGCACAUUUUGACUUGAAGAAAUAUUGCGCUUCCUGCAAUUUUGAUGAAAUUCCCAUGAAUUGUUCAGCCCUACUUCAUAUUGUAGGUUUCCAGCCUGUACUUUUUUCUUUUUUUUUUUCUCAGACAGAUUAAAAGGCAAUGUUUAGUUUUACACACACAGCAUACCUAUGCAAGCAUGUCUAAAAGGAUUAGUUUGACAUUUUGGGAAAUGUGCAAAUUCACUUUUCUUGCCAAGGGUUAGGAGAAACA